AUGGCAGCAUUAAACACCCAUGGCUCAUGGUGGCCGGCGGAAGGGAACGGCGGCAAGAACGACGGCGACCUUCCUCUUGCACUACUUGCUGUCAUCACGGCGGCGCUGCUACCUCUUUUAUGGUACAAAAGGUCAAUUUCCAGCUCACAAAAUGGCGCACCACCAUUACCACCAGGUCCCUCCGGCCUUCCAGUUGUGGGUUACUUUCCAUUUCUUGGCCCAAGCUUGCACCUAGAACUGCACAAACUGGUUCAUCGUUAUGGUCCCAUUUUCAAAUUCUACCUUGGGAGUAACCUCCACAUCGUGGUGAACUCCGCUGACCUAGCCAAGGUUGUAACCGGCGAGCAGGAUGAGAGCUUCGCUAACCGGGCUCAACAUAUCGCUGGACUAGCCACCAGCUACAACGCCAGUGAUAUCGCAUUUGCCGACAACAACGCUAACCGCAGGAAACUACGUAAAGUUUUGGUGCAUGAAGUCCUUAGCAACGUCAAUCUUGAAGCUUCUAAUGCUUACCGUCGACGUGAAGUUAGAAAAACCAUCAAAAACGUCCAUGAAAUUAUCGGAAAUGAAGUCGAUAUCAACGAGAUAGCUUUCUCGACGGUUUUGAGCGUUUUAACAAGUAUCGUUUUUGGGAAAAGUAUGGUUAAAGGUGCAAAAUAUAGUAAUCUUGUAGCAGAAAUGCGUAAAUUUGUAUCUGGUGUUGUUGAGAUUGCCGGAGAGUUAAACAUCUCCGAUUUCUUCCCGAUGCUUGCAAGCUUCGAUUUCCAAGGUGUGGAGCAAAGAAUGAAGAAGCAAAUGAAGCUGUUUGACCAGAUUUUCGAGAGUUCCGUUGAGGAGAGAAUCAACUCCAGAUCCGCCAUUAAAGAAGAAGCAGUUAAGGAAGAAGGAAGAAAAGAUUUUCUACAAAUCUUAUUAGAGCUUCAAGAACAAAACACCGAGACAUCAAUCACCAUGACUCAAAUGAAAGCUCUUGUGGUGGAUGUGUUUCUUGGAGGAACAGAUGCAACUUCAGCCAUGAUAGAAUGGACGAUGAUGGAGAUUUUGCGAAAUCGACAAGUUAUGAACAAGGUACAAGAUGAAUUAGCAGAAAUAGUAGGGCUAGACAACAUCGUGGAAGAAUCCCAUCUCCCAAAAUUGAAGUACCUCGAUGCUGUUUUUAAAGAAACUUUUCGUUUACAUCCUCCAUUACCAUUCCUACUACCACGAGCUCCGAACAAGACUUGCACGGUGGGUGGAUACACAGUUCCAAAGGGUUCUACGAUCUUUUUGAACGUGUGGGCGAUUCAAAGAGAUCCUCAGUAUUGGGAGAAUCCAUCCGAGUUCAACCCAGAAAGAUUCUUGAACUACAAGGGAUCAGAAAAAUGGGAUUACGCAGGCACAAAUUCGAAGUUUUUCCCGUUAGGAUCUGGAAGAAGAAGAUGCCCAGGAGUUAGUUUAGGUGAGAAGAUGAUGAUGCAUAUUUUGGCUUCGUUGCUUCAUUCGUUCGAUUGGAGGUUGCCGACGGGACAGAAACUUGAUGUUUCCGAUAAAUUUGGGAUUGCAUUGAAGAAAAGAAAGCCACUCAUCGCAGUCCCAUCUCCAAGAUUGAAGGACGUAAGUCUGUACUCGUGAUCAUAUCGGAACUAGAACGUUGGUCCAGUGGGAUAUCUAUCCAGAUCAACAUUCCUAAUGGUAUGGUGAUCAUCAGACGAUGAUUUGUUUCAAUUUCAUUGUGGUUUUUAAUAAGUUUAAUUACGUGAUUGAUAUAUUUGUGUGCAUGGAUCAUGUCUCUUUCUAGAUUUGAUAUAUUUGUGAGUAACAACCAUUUGUCU